UUCCCGAGCAGCAGUAGCAGCAGCCACGGCCUAACAAUGGCGGUGAUGCUGGUCGAGUGUUAGCGCCCCUUUUGACACGAUUUUACCCCCCGAGUGCCGCCCUUGAUGGCGACCUCCCUGUGUCAAGUGCAUUAGUGACAUUCCCGAGUUGUUUCGCGGCGGACUGGCCCACGGAGAGCCGCCAUGGUCAAGUGAAAUCGGCCCUCCAGAGUGAAUGGAUCAACAUGCUCAGUGGAAAUGCGGACGCGGGAAUGACGAGUAUUCCGCAAAAAGUGCAUCGAGGACUGCACGCGGGUCUCAUCAUAUCAGCGCCAAGUCCGUACGCCCGAACCUCGGCGUCUCCGACCCGAAAUAAGGCGCCGGACCUGUCCUCGUGGUUGGCCUUUCGUCGAACUUCCCAACCAAAGUUACCUGAGAGGGAGAAAGAGGGCUGGAAACAGGGCACUUGGCAGUCCGUCGAGGAGUACAACCUGGACGAUACAAGCAUGGCAAGCAUUUCCAGUUUGUACGAGGCAGGGACGUCGUCGUCGCCAAAGUACCAAGUGUCCCAACACAGCAACCUCGUCAAAGGCAUCAGAGCGGUCAACAUUAUGGACACGCUCUCUCAGUUGGCAGGCUCGGAAGCUCUCGCCUCCACUCCACCCCAACACAAGAUGCGCUACAAAGUUCUUCCGGCCACCCCUGCUUCGCCUCCAAUCAACAGCAAUCCUUCGAGGAUCAAAUCUCGCGGACGAACUCCUGAUUGGAUCAAAAGGAUAUUUGAUUAUGCCAAGCGAGGCCAACUGGAACAACUGAGAACCUCGCUCAAAGACAUGGAAGCCACUUUAGUGAGAAACCUCUCAGAUCACCACGGCAACAAUUUAUUGCACAUUCUUGCCUGCCAAGGCUACGAGAGUGCUCUUGCCUGGCUGUGUUCUUCAUUGAUGGGAGCACAGUCACAGCUUGAGGGCGCUCUAGCGGACGAAAAUAGGUCUGGCCUGACUCCAGUUGCCUGUGCUGUCAAGUAUGGCCACUCGAACUGUGUAGAAUGGCUGGUGACGAACACCAAGAUGCGAGAGAAAUUGUCCUCAAAGGAUGGUGAGAGAUGCCUGCUCCACAUUGCAGCCAAGUACAAUCAGGUGUCGGUUCUGCAGUGGCUAGUCAAUGCCAUGAAAGUUCGGGAAAUUGACCUGGACCAAAGGGAUCACUGUGGUGACACACCGCUACAUUUGGCAUCCAGAGCUGGAGGUCUUGAAACUUGCAGGAUUCUUUUAUCGAAUGGAUCGAAUGUGUCGUCUAAGAACGAUCUUGGCCUCAAAGCAUCUGACAUUGCGAUGGCUGCUGGACAUGCUCCUGUUCAACACUACUUAAACCUUUUUGAAAGCUCCCUCUGUAUGGCUGGAGAAAUGUCACAAAUGAAAAGCACAGUGGACUCCUUGAGAGAAGAAAACGGAGCGCUCAAAGGAUACUUCAAGGAUGUCCUCAGCAUUGGUAAGAGACUAGCCAAAGAAAGGGAUGAAAUGUGUAGGGACACUUUCGGGAAGCUACAAAAAAUCGCCGGUCUGGCUGUGCACGAAAAGGUGGCAUCAGUACUAACCGAGCUGAUGGAAGAAAAUAAAAUUCUGCGAGAGAGGCUCAAGGUGCCGUCGUCACACUCGCCUGCGGCGGAUUUAGCCAAGUCUUAUUUGCAACAAUCUGGCUCAAUGUCGGGAGUAAAAUCAAGUGAUUUGAUCAGCGGUCAGUGGAAGGGCCUGCUGGUGUCUGGUCUGGCUGACAUGGAGCAUCGAUUACUCAUUGCUGAAGAGGGGUGGCGCAAACUGUCCAGUCAGCCCACUUUGGAGCAAACAACAAUUACCUCAGAUAGAAAGCCACUAGACAACUUAAUGUAUCACAUUGAACAGCUAGAAGGACAGCAGAAGCUGUUAGCCAAUGCAAGCUUUACCUUUGGAUCAGAGGCGCGGAGUUUGUCGUCCUCGGAGUCCAGUCUGGACACCCUUCUUUCCCUCCCGACUAGUUCAGAUAAUAUCUACAGCCAGCUUUUGGAUAGGAAAACUCCUCCUCGUGUAAAUAAUCAGCACAAGCCGCCACCGCCGCCAACAAGCAGGCGAGAAAGCAGGGACGAACUCAAGAGACGACUGCAGCAGAUGGUUUUGACGUCUGAAAGCGGAAACGCAAGUGUCCUUGAAGUCAUCGAACCGACGACCAGCGAGUCUGAGGAGGAGCGUGCUGACAAGUCUCGAAUGCCCUUUCUCGCCACCUCAUCCCCAAGACUGAAGGCUCUGAGUAUGUCUUUGGAGGAUGAGCUGGAAAAAAUUCAAGAGCCAAGAAGGGAGCCUCGGUCGGCCCACCGUCGGCGUUGCUUGAGUGUCCAAAACCUGCUGGACACCGAGGAGAUUGAAGUUCGCAUUCCGGACAACCAACCCGACCUUUUGAUUGGCACAGUCAGCAUGGACGAAACAGGCGACGAAGACAUCUUGUCCGACCAGCACACUUCGACGCCGACUCGGAGUCACAAGAAGCGGACAUUUCUGCAGAAAAUAACCAUGAAAGCGGGCUGGUCGACCUCAAAGCGGAAAGCAGGGUUUUACAAAAGUGCUCAAAAAGUGCAUGAGAUCACUCCGGACGACUUCAAGGAGACGUACAUGAGUCGAAGCAUCAACACGGACAGUCCGGUUCACUCGUUAAGUCCGAGCCAACACGAGUCCGGCGAGGAGACUACCUCUUUGCGAGUCAGGUCAAGUGGUUCCAGUUCCUCAAACGAAUUGCACUGCCAGAAAAGCGACAAGACCAGUUUAAAGAGGCAGACGCCGCUCGAAAUUAAAAGAGAGGUUUCUGAGCAGGUAGAAAAGGAACUGACCCAGUUGCCUGCCGAGCCCGUCCCUGAGACCGAACCAAGUGCUCAGGAGGAACCACCGCCACCGAUCCCACCUAGUUCGCCUCCCAGCACAAGAAGGUUGGUGAAGAAGGCGCUGGCGGACAUCAAGUCUGGACACCUGCAGCACCACAUCGAGUCCAUGAGUGUGACGACCUCUGAAGAUUCUGGCUUUGUGGCGCGGCCAAGUUCCUCGGCGUCCAAGUCGGACUCGCUCCUCUCGUCGCGGCCAGACUCCAGCUCGUCCAGUCUCUUCAAGGGCUUCACCAUGCGCCUUGUUGCAACAGAGCUGGCCAGUGUGAAUGGUCGGAUAUCGCCCGCACCUUCGGAUUUCUCCAAGGCCGACAGUACGCGGAUGUUGGGAAAAAUUGAGGAAAUCGGACUCUGCAAGGACGAAAGUGAGACGGCUUUGACUGGAAGAUACCAAAAGGAAAAGAAAAAUGCCCCACGGGUUCCAAUUGAAAAAGAGAAGAAUGUAAAGGAAGCAAAGAUUAUUUCGGAAAAGUCCGCAACUGAACAAUCCAGUAAGAAGCGGAGCGAGAGAGCAUGGUAUGACUUAUCAGAUGAGGAGCCAGAUCUGUUGACGUCAGCCACGAUGCUGAGCACUGCUCGUUCAUCGAGCGACGAAGAAGUCAAUGCGUAACUCGGAAGUGGAUUUUCUUUAACGAAAAUUUCAAGAACUUUGAUGCCAUAUAUAUAAAAUUUUCAGCACUAUUAUUAACUGCUUUCUAGAGCUAAGUCAAUUCUAAAAUUUUAAUUAUUGUUACAAUCGAACUGAUCUUUUGGUCUGCUUUCAAAUAUUUAAGACGGCAGUUUACCACAAAAUCAAUUUUCUCUGAUCCAAAUAUAUCGUUGAUAUAAGUGACCUUGACCUAAUGGCCUUUAGAUGGCAGAUAUUGCACUAAUCUAAUAAUUAGGAUGGUUCAUAGAAAUUUGUGAUACUUUUAUAUAACUGAUGACUGCCCAAAAGAACAAAAAUAGUGCCGAAAAAAAAUUUGAAAGGAAUGAUUAUGAUUAAAGGGUUGACUUAGUUUUUUAAAGCGGUUUCAACUAGUAUAUUGAUUAUAAGGAUUGAAAUAAUGCCAUAUUUUCUGAAACUCAGAAAUAAAAUGAAAACAAUGAGACUAUCGACAGUGGUCCAGUUUGGGUUGUGACGCAGGAUUCACAAAAAAAUUUAAAACGUUGAAGGAGAAGCAGAGUUUUCCGUAACAGAAUUUAUAUAUAUGUGAAUGUAGCAUAGCUUGAUAAUUUAGCUAAAGUACACACUCAGGAAUCAAUUAUAUUAAGUUUCUAUAAUAUAAAGUUGAACUGCGGCUUGUCACUAUAUGACCUGUAUCUGAAUUAUGGUUAGUAAGAUAGGUCAAGCAAGACAGUAAAAAUAAUUAUGAUAAUUAUAUUAUUUAAAGGUUUUUAAAAAUCACAAGUUGCUAUGGUUCAGUAUUUUGUUUAAAAGUGCAGGAGGUCCUGGAACGCAAGUGCUGUCUGUGUUUCACAAUUUUAAAUUUUUAUGUUUUUGCCACCUCUAACAGAAAAUUGCUCACAAUCAGCCAAGGUUUACAAAAACAGCAGCACUUGUAUCCAAGGGUCAGUUGUGGACUUUUUUUAAAUUAUUUAUUCUUUUUUACGUAUGAAUAUUACCGUUUUAAUUUGGAAUGAUGGAUAUUUUGAAUUAUAAUUAAUACCAUGUUGUUAAAUCUCUUCUCAUCUGUCUCUUUUGAAUAAAACAAUCUUGAAUGCAGACACGCAUUUA